GUCCAGCACGCAUAGGGAGAAGCCCAGAUCCAACAGCUGCUGCUGUCCAGCCUGCCCCCCCCUCACUGGGCAGGACUCUUGCUCUUCCCUGUUCUCACCAAGAGAGGCACAAGUGCACCGUCUCUUCCAGCGGCAGGCAAAGGGAAGAGAAAGGAAAACUGAGAGAGAGGAACACAGACAGGGAGAGGAAAAAGCAAAACCACAAACUUCCUUUGGAAACCAGUUUGGAUGCAGGGCCUGGAGCACAUGCUGGAGACUCAGCCACUCAGGAAUCCUGAAUACGCCUGGAGAGUGAGCCCAGGAGCACCUGGACUGCGUCCUACUUGCCUUCACCCUGCUGUGGUGCCCCGAGCCCUGGGUGUGAGUCCGGAAGUGACCACAACGCAGCUAGCCCCAGCCAUGCUUGCUCUGAACCUGUGUCAACCUGCAUAAGCUUGGCGUUGACAGCCGGGAGGCAGUGAGCUCUGGUGGCCCUUGCUGACCUCCUCCUCCUUAAACCUCCAGAGCUGAACCCUCUCGCUUGGUCCUGGAACUGCACCCAUUUCUGUAAGCUCCGGGGAGUUGGCAGCUGGCUCUCCUUUGAUCAGUGGUCUCUGGAAGUCUGGCUUGCUUGAAGGAGAAUGGAAAGGAGAUCCUGGUGGUCCCUUCAUUUCCUCCCAACCAAGUUCUUCCCCUUUUCUUUGGGAGCAGAUAGACAGUGCACUGUUUGAUAUAUUCAGAGGGAAAAUUGAAACCAUUGGUUGCUUGAAGAUCUAGGUCAGACUGGGGAGACUGGCCCGGGACGUUAAGGGACUUGAGGGGAGAGAAAGGUCUCAGAAAGGGGCUCCUUCUGGAAACCACAGUCACACCCAUUUUAUGUGCUGGUUCUACUCUGAGCAAUUUCCUCCCCUUGAGAUGGGGCUGGGGCUCUUUUAACUCCUCACCUGCCACCACAACAGAAUUCGGAGGUGGAGAGAAAGUACAGGACUUGAGCUGAGAAAAGAGAAGGAAAAGGAUGAAAUUUUGAUUUCCUUGAGUACCCUCCCCCUUGUCCAUUCCCAGUCUGAAGUGUUCUGUGGCUUUCCACCAGAGUACUUUACAGGUGGAAGCCCUCUUUAUUCUCUGCCUAUCUCCCACAUUACUCGCCUCUGCCUGGGUUCUGAGGACCUCUCUCUCUCUCUCUCUCUCUCUCUCUCUCUCUUUCUCUGCGGGGGGGGGGGCUCUAGUUUCUUUUGGUCACUCCCUCUGGCCAGCUUGCUUCCAACCCCCACUCAAUUAUUGAUCAUUUCUAGCACUGGGCAGAAAAUAAGCCUGAUUUUCUUCAAGCUUUUUUAACUUUCUCACUCUGGUAUCUGUUUCAAGGCUUACCCUAAGAACCAUGUGAAAGGGGCGGAGGAAAGGAGGAAAAGAGAAAAAAAAAAGUCUUAAGGCUUGCAGGCAAUUUUUACUGCCUGGAUUCAAAUUAACAUGUAAAUGAAAUGUAGCUAGCAGAGAAAAAAAAAUUUUUUUUUUUUGAAAUAGGGUCUUGCUAUGUAAUUCAGGCUGAUUUUGAACUCACUAUGUAGCCCAGGCUGGUCUCAAACUUGCAGCAAUCCUCCUGCCUCAGCCUCCCAAAUGCUGGGAUUACAGACAUGUACCACCCUGUCUACUGCCCCAAAUUAUUGCAGGUUAUAAGAAGACAGUUUUAGGGGCUGGGGAUUUAGCUCAGCGGCAUAAGCACCUGCCUUGCAAGCACGCGGUCGUGUGUUUAAUCCCCGGUACCGAUUAAAAAAAAAAAAAAAAGAAGACAGUUUUGCCAGGAGUGGUGGUACAUGCCUGUAAUCCCAGCACUCAGGAUGCUGAGGUGGGAGGAUCGUUGUGAGUUCGAGACCAGCCUAGGCUACAAAGUGAGCUUAAGGCCAGCCUGAACUGCAUAGCGAGGCCCUGUCUCAAAAAAGACUAAAAAAGAAAGAAAGAAAGAAAAAGAAAAGAAAAGAAAACAGCAUUAUCUCAGGUGAGGAGGAAGCUGAAGAAAAGUCAAGUUCAGUUUCUUUUUUUUUGAGAAAGGGUUUUGCUGCUCAGAUUGAUCUUGAUUUUUUUUUUUUUUUUUUUUUUUUAUCGGUACCAGGGAUCGAACUCACAACCACACACUUUCAAGGCAGGCACUUUUGCCACUGAGCUAAAUCCCCAGCCCUCAGAUUGAUCUUGAAUUCACCAUCUUCCUGUCUCAAGUCUCCCAAGUGCUGAGAUUACAGGCAUGUGUGCCACACCUGACUGAGGGAAUAUUUUUUUCUAUGUAAGCCAGUAAUUAGUAUUUUAAUAUUCCACAUAAAUAUUUGAUGAAAGCCAGACGUGGUGGUGCAUACCUGUAAUCCCAGCACUCAGCAGGCUGAGGCAAGAGGAUUGUUGAGAUCAGCCUGAACUGCAUAGUGAGACCUUGUCUCAAAAAGACAAAAAAAGAAAAAGUUGUUGAGAGCAUUGUUGGCAAUCUGGAGGCAGAGGCAAGAGGCUUGCUUCCAGUUUGAGGUCAGCCUAGGCUACAGAGUAAAACCCUAUCUCAAAAAAAAAAAAAAAAAAAAGCUGGUCUGAGUACAGUGGAAUUUACAACUAAUUGAUUUAAAGGGAGGAGAAGAACAAGAGGAAGGAGAAAAAGCAGGGGAAGAGGAAUAUUUCUGGGUUUAUGCAAUUUGGGUUUAAAGAGGAACUAUCUCAACUCUAGUAUCAAGAGAAGCUCGCUAGAGUUGUGUGGUGGUGCUUGUCUAAUGCUAGCACUCAGGAGGCUGAGGCAGAAAGACUGCUGCAGAGUUCUACACCAGCCUGGGCUACAUGGCAAGACCCUGUCUAAACAAAAACAAAAAACGAGAGGAGAAGCUCGCUGGAAGAAUUUGAAGGAAGUGCUUUUUGUUUCAGCAGCCUGAAGUUAUGUACACCAGGCCCACCUUCCAGUUCGAGUCUUUGUAACCCACCUUUUCCCAGCAAACAGGAAGGCCCUCCCGGGACCUUUGUGCUGUGGUUUGGGUGGUGUAGAUUUCAGCAGAACCUGGUUUCCUCACCAAGGAGUUACCCCAGGAGCGUGGUUAUGCCCUUCAUCUCUACCCUAAGCACUAUGUGAUUGUGAACCUUUUUAGCCCUGAGGUGAGGCAAGAAGGGGGUACCCCUAAAGGCCCUGUGUGUGUUGUGGAAUUCUGCGAAGGGCAGAGGAAUUGGCCCAGCCUGCCUGUGGUGUGGGUCAGGCAAGUGCUCUACUGUUGAACAUCUCAGGCCCCCUCAUUUUGUGACAGGGCUCCUAAGUUACCCAGAAUGGCAUGAACUUUUCAUCUUCCUGGUUCUGUCUCUCGAAUCGCUGAGGCCUGUUCCACCAUCAGUAAUUUAACUUUUCUUUCUCAUUGAUUCUCUCUCUCUUUUUUUUUGGGGGGGGGCAAGGUCACACUUUGUAGUCCAGACUGGCCUUGAAGCACAGCAAUCCUGCCUCAGCCUCCUGAGUGCUGGGUUUACGAGUGUGCAUUAUCAUGCCUGGCUCUUUCUCCAUUUCUGUUCCUUUGCUUUUUCUCCUUUCCACUUUCCCCUCCUCUUAUUAUAGACAGCUAAGUUAGGAAGCCAUAUUACCCAGUCAGAAAAGCCAGGUUGGGCUGGGGAUUUAGCUCAGCUGCACAAGCACCUCCUUGGCAAGUGUGAGGACCUUUGAUCCCUGAGACCAAAAAAGAAAGAAAGAAAGGAAGAAAGAAAGAAAGAAAGAAAGAAAGCGCAGCCAGGCCCUAGAUGGAAUCAGUGCAGAAGAUAAGAAGACACUGUGGCUGGAGGUACAUUCAUUGCAGGCCAGCCUCAGGACAAAGACAAGUGACUACACCUAGGUACCUCCCACAGGGAUCAAUAGUAGUGAUCAAUAUUCCAAAUGGCCAUCAGUCACCUGGGAGGCGGAGACCUCGAGACUCAUGUCUUCCAAAAGACGUCCUUGUUCUUCCCAUGCACACUUGCUACAGGCCUUGCUGCCCCACUGGGCCAACAGUACACAGGCAGAUUCCACGUGUAAUCUUAUUGGUUCCCCAUAGUUUUGUCCUACCUUAUAUCCAUUUUAUGAUGUUAUUGUUGUACUUCCCCAAAAAGGCCCCCGAGAUGAAAAAUGGGGCAAAACCCCAUUUUUGAUGGAAUGGAAAAGACAGGGCAAAACAACAUCGUUUUUAGGAAGAAGCGCUUUUAUUUUAGCUGGCCCAGCGACACAGUGCAGAUGGAAUUUGCAAAGCUGUGCAACUGAGUUAGAAUUUUGACUGAUUUUUUUUUUUUUUUUUGUCUUUUUCCUUUUUAUCGAUACCGGGGAUCGAACUCAUGACUGCCUGCUUGCAAGGCAGGAGCUUAUGCUGCUGAGCUAAAUCCCCAGCCCCUUGACUGAUUUUUAUAGUUCAUUUAUGAUUAGCUCAUUGAUCAUUAAGUACAUAGUGAUGAGAAACAGAAACAAGGUGGGCCUUUGUUCCCCUUUGCUUGAGGUAAGAGGCAUUUCACAGUGGGUGGUUAGCCAAUUCAUAGCUUGGUCUACCAAUUCCAGGAACAUUAGUCUCUUAUAAAGGGAGUAAUGGUUGACACAUCAUUUGUCUCUUACAAGGGGGAACAAAGGUUGACAUAGCACACAGGUUACUUGCGGGGGGUGAUGCAUGCAGAACAGCAUAACUACGCAGUCAGUUAAUCUAUAACUGUGGUUGGUGCUUGGUUACUAGGGUGACGAACGAGCUCAGUACAGAAUGACAAUAUUGCUAAUAACUAUCUUUUUAAUUAUUUUUGCUAAUUAUCUUUUAAUCAGUUAUUUUAAUUUUUCAGCAUCUUAGUAUAACAGUUAUACCUACCUUGUGAUUUUAAUGUAUAAAUCUUCCUUUGAAGCUGGGUAUAAUGGUGCAGGCCUGCAGUUCCCGUACUUGGGAGACUGAGGCAGGAUUGCCAUGAGUUCCAGGCCAGCCUCGCCUAUGUAAGAAAGUUCAAGACUAGCCUGAACUACAUAGCAAGACCUUAUCUCAAAAAAAGACAAAAAACAAAAACCAACAAAACUUCUGAGGACUGGGCUCAUGGUUAACCCACUGUCUGGUCCCCUCUGUCUCUCAGGAGCUGUCUCCCCCACAGUAAAAUUUCCUACUCUCUUUUUUUUUUUUAAUUUCCUACUCUUAAUUUCCAUUGUUCCUCAGAAUUCAUUCUUUGAUUUUGGGGAACUUGCAUGUAUCAAACACUUAUCAGAUUGGGAGUUAUAAUAGUUUCCUAUAUUGGGCCAGGGAUUUAGCUCAGUGACAUCAGCGUCUGCCUGGUAAGCGUGAGGUCAUGAGCUUGAUCCUCAAUACACCAAAAAAAAAAAAAAAAAAAAAGUUUCCUAUAUCAUUUGGAGGUCCUCUAUCACUUUGUCUUUUCCUCAUUCUCUGUCAUUAUGUGUUUCAGUGAAGCUGAGUCCACCUGUGGCAUUCAAUCCCCACCCCCAUCCCAGUCCUCCCUGUCAAGCCUGGAAGCCCAGCCUGUACCCAUCCCAUCUCGAGGCAAGUUAGUGGUGGAGAGCUCAGCCUGAGUCCUUCUGUGUACAUAGCGGGGAAAGGCGGGUGCUGCUUCUAUCUCAGAGUGGCUGUGUAGACUGAGCCAACUUCCAUACCACUUCACUUCCCAAUCCUUUUCCAGGUCUCUCUGCUUUGCAACCCAAUGACCUUGGUGGACAGGGCUCUGCUUUGUAUAUCAGGACUGGCUUAGGUAAAGGUCAAGAACACUGUCAGGGACCCUUAGUUGACUCUCACCCACUAUGGAACACGCUCAGCCUGAGCACCAAGUCCCUGAUAAGCCCAGGAGUGCAGAAGAGGUCACCUGUGAAAACCACGAGGUCCCCUUGGGAUCCGAGGAGCAGCCUCAGAACACGAAUGCUAAAGAUGCCAGUGGGGAGAGGGAGCAGGGAGACCAAAGACAGCUGGAGCUGGGAGACCAAACUCUGCUCCCUGCCCAGGGCAGGGAGAACCUUGAGUGCCCCCCACCUGAAGCCCAGGUGCGUCCACCUGGGUCCCCCGGCGGGAAGCCACGAGAAGUAGAGACCAUCGAGGCCUGCUGUGGGCCCCAGGAGCUUCCCCAGUGUCCCAGGGCCCGGCAGCCUGAGCCCGACUUCUACUGCGUGAAAUGGAUCCCCUGGAAGGGAGCACGGACGCCCAUCAUUAUGCAGAGCACUAACGGCCCUUGCCCUCUGCUUGCCAUCAUGAACAUCCUCUUUCUUCAGUGGAAGGUGAAGCUGCCCCCCCAAAAGGAAAUGAUCACAUCAGAAGAGCUAAUGGCCCACCUGGGAGACUGCCUCCUGUCCAUCAAGCCCCAGGAGAAAUCAGAAGGCCUUCAGCUUAAUUUUCAGCAGAAUGUGGACGACGCAAUGACAGUGCUGCCUAGGCUGGCCACUGGCCUGGAUGUGAAUGUGCGGUUCACAGGGGUCUCUGACUUUGAGUACACGCCUGAGUGCAGCGUCUUUGACCUCCUGGGCAUCCCUCUAUACCACGGCUGGCUGGCGGAUCCGCAGAGUCCUGAGGCUGUGAGUGCAGUUGGGAAAUUGAGUUAUAACCAGCUGGUAGAGAAGAUCAUCACCUGCAAACACUCCAGUGACCCCGACCUUGAGACGGAAGGUCUGAUUGCAGAGCAGUUCCUUGAGACCACUGCAGCACAGCUGACCUACCAUGGCCUGUGUGAGCUUACUGCGGCUGCCAAAGAGGAUGAACUUAGCGUCUUUUUCCGGAACAACCACUUUAGCACUAUGACUAAGCACAAGAAUCACCUGUACCUACUGGUCACAGACCAAGGUUUUCUACAGGAGGAGCAGGUGGUAUGGGAGAGCCUGCACAAUGUGGAUGGGGACAGCUGCUUCUGUGACUCUGACUUCCACCUCAGCCACUCCCUGGGCGAGGCAGCUGGGGCAGAGGGUGCUGGUGGCUCCCCGGAAAAGCAGCUGCAGGUAGACCAGGACUACCUUAUUGCCCUGUCCUUACAGCAGCAGCAGCAGCCACAAGGCAUGGUGGGCCUGACUGACCUGGAGCUGGCCCAGCAACUUCAGCAAGAGGAGUAUCAGCAGCAGCAGGUGGCCCAGCCCAUGCAGAUGCGGGCCCCACUGCCCCAGGGACGAGGAGCCACAUCUGGACGGCCAGCUGGGGAGCGGCGGCAGAGGCCAAAGCAGCAGUCUGACUGUGUUCUACUGUAGUUCUGCCUCUUUGUUCAGAGGCUGUGGUUGGCUGGUUUGCUUCCCCACUUCAGCCCCUGAUAUAUACAGGGUAACUUAUUUAUGGGUCGACGGGGUCAGGGCAGGCAAGGACAGACUCAGCCACAAGGCUGAGGCAGGAGGAUACUAAGGGCCAACUCAGCAACAUCCUUGCCCUCACGUGCUGCCGCCAUCUUCUCUCCCUCCCAUCAGGGAUCGGUGGGGAAGGAUUUCUGGUUUCCAGUUCCCUUCCUGGGGUAGCCUGUGGAACACACAGACUCAGGCUCCAGGGCUCUGUCCUUCUCUGGAAUGCAGAUCUCCUACCUUCCAUCUCCAAGUGCCUGGGGGCCCUUGGCUACUGCAGGCCCCUUUCCACUUGUUUCAGGGUUUGAUUUGGGUUUGUAUCUCUGUUAUUUGUAAUACCUGCCUAAGGUUUGGAAAUAAAACCUCUUUCCUGA